CCUCCACCAUCAAGUCCAUGCUUCUAAAAACAAAUAACUAACUAAUCCCAUACCCGACUUGGAACGGUAACCGGACGAGAGGCCAUGGUUCACCAUAUGGUUAAGCCGUCUUAUCGGCCUUCCUCUUCCCCAGGACACAUAUGUAAAUCCUAUUCCUGGUUUACCUCCCUCAUGAAAAUUAUCAAUGUUGAAUCUGAAUACCCUGUAGGAGAGGAUUGCUGGGAUCCUUAGUGUCACAUUGUGGUUUAUGUAACGUCUUAUGGCUUCUUCACACUUCAUAUUCACAUUUGCUGCUUAAUCUCAGUUGCAAAGUGUCUCUGACUAGAUGACUCUGUGAGUCUUUUCGCGUCAACUGCAACAAGCCGAUAUCUGUUUGUCAUUUAUUUACAAUAUAUUAUUUAUUCAUUCUUCAUAUCGCGCAUUGUUUUUGCAUGGCGAAAAUGUAUAUCUGAAGUAUAUCAUGCCAGAUUUUCUGAGUUAUUCUAGCUCAGUGGUUCUCAACCAGGGAAUUGUAGUCCAUCAAGAGGCCCACAAGGCCCAUUCUCUCUACAAGAUAACUCUCCUUCCUACUGAGUUUCAUUGCUUAAUAUGGUUAUUUCGUGGGGCGUUUUCACUGUUUGAGCAUAAUGAAAUUGAUAAACAGGGGGGCCAUGAGGCCAAAAGCCAUAAAAUGUUGAGAACCCACUGCCAACUUAUUAUCCUUGUUUUUUUUAUAACUUUAGAAUAUGGGAUCUGUACCUAGAGAUUUAACUUAUGUUGAAAUCUGUCUUGAUGAAGACAUAAUAUAUGAAGCAAGCCUUUUAUCUGAGGAGAUAAAUAGAGAGAAAAUUACAAGUAUUUCUGGCAACACUACAGUAGAAGAUAUUUGCAAUGUUGAUAAUAGUGAUGAAUAUAUGCCAUGUGAAGACGCAGGAGAAUUUACGAGCCAUAUCCAAGAUACUGCUAGAACUGAUAUAAACAGCACUGUUAUCUUUGGAGAAGACGAUCAUGAAUUUGAUUCUGAAGAAUCCUCCGUCAUAGCAAUGCAGGAGCAGAAUGAACCCACUGCUGUUUUUGUAACUGAUUCCAACUCGGGGUUCUUAUCAAAAGAUGAAUUAUCUGACUAUCUUCAACAAGAAUUGCCCAGCGGUAUUGAUAAUACCUAUCUAAGUGAUAAUGGCUUAAUGACUGAUGAUGGUCACAAUAAUAACACCCGUCCACGACUAGGUGAUAAGAAUGGAUCGAAAUUGCCCACCAGUAUUGAUAACGCUCAUCCAUUCGAUAACAGGCGGAAAUCGUCUAAUUGUAAUGUAGGCACCUAUCUGAGUGAUAAGGAAUUACCUACUGGUAAAGAAGGAAUGUUACCAAACUCCAAAGAUAGCACUUCUCUCAGUGAUAAAGAUCUCAUUGUUGAUAAGGAUUCCCAUACUAAUGAGAAUUAUUUUGAGAUAGCUCGCAGUUUCUUGAAUGACGUUAUUGAUUAUAUUAUCGAAAAAGAAGUUUCUGAUAAAACUGAAAGUUGUAACAUAUGUGAGAGAAGAUUCGGCACAUUAGCCAAAUUGGAAAGACAUUUGAAGUUUCACUAUAAAGGCCGAAAAAUACUUUAUUGCUCUGUGUGUGGCAAAGAUUUUGGUCAAAAAUCGCAUCUGGAGUAUCAUAUGGUGCUACACACCGGUGUAAAGGCGUAUUCAUGUGAAAUAUGCGGAAAGACUUUCGCUCAAAAAUCGUCGUUAAACAUGCAUAUAAAAUCUCACACAUCUCAACCAAAUGUUCCUUGCGAGAUAUGCGGAAAAAAGUUUUGGACAAAAUACAUCUUGAAUUUACAUACAAGGAAACGACAUAUGGGGUUGCCCUUUGUUUGUAACAUUUGCGGAAGUUCUUUUAGUGGAAAACAAGGUUUGCUACACCAUGUGAGCCUACAUCCUCCACAUAUAUGUGGAACAUGUGGCAAGGAGUUUGACAAUUAUAAAAGUCUUCGCUUGCAUAAAGAUUCUCAUAAACCAAGUUGGCCUGAGCAUGUCUUUGCGGACGGUGUAAAAGGUUUUCGUUGCGAAGUUUGUAAAAGAACAUUUCGACGAAGACAAGCCUUUACUUUCCAUUCUCAAGCUCAUGCUCCAAAAGUUCAUAAGUGUCAAGUUUGUGGUGCUGGAUUCGUGCGGGAUAGCUAUUUAAAGAAGCAUAUGAUUGCACACUUAGAAAGACCAUAUAAAUGUGAAUCAUGCUGGAAAAGUUUCCAUUAUAAAAGGUCGUUAGAAAAUCAUCAAAUAUAUCAUACAGGAAUAAAGCGCUUUGGUUGCAACAUUUGCGGAAAAGGAUAUUAUUGGAAACAUCGCUUGGCUAUACAUCUAAAACUCCAUAAAAAUGUAAAAACUGAAAAUGCUGUACCUAGUAAUGAUUCUGAAUUUGCUCAGCAAACUUCUUCUACAUUACAAUGUAGAAAAAAGGAGAUGGAUGGAGCAUCUGGAAUUGGUAGCACAGCACCAAGUAAUGGAGGUGUAAUGCCGGGAAAUUGUAUUUCCGUAGGACAAAAAGGGAACUCACAAACAUCUACAUUCACAAUAGGGGAAGCUGAGGAAUUCAAUCUCGGCUCUAUGAAAUUUAUCGGGCAUAAAAUAGUGUUCUCUCCUGAAGUGAAUUCAUUGCCUCUCCCUUCUGAACAAACUCGAACAAUAGCAAUUUUGGAUGCUGAAUCGAUAGUGAAAUUCGCUAUGCAUAACAUGUCGAAAAAAACUAAAGAACCAGUUAAGGUUCCAAAGAUGGCGAACAUAAUGACAAUCAGAGAGGGGGAAUCUGAUCCAUAUAGAAUCAGGACUAUGGGUGAUGAGCACUCAUAAAAAAUGGACAGUUGACCGCCAUGUCGUGCUCAGCGUCAGGAAUACGUUGCCAUCGAACCUCUGAACAUCCUACGCUUAGAAUCUCAUGGGCAUUAUUAUCACCAUGCCCGACAUGAACUGGUAACCGGACGAGCUAAGCGUUAGUUAUUCCUAUACCGGGGCUGUGGUUUGCCAUAUGAUUAAGCCAUAUGACUUUCCUUUUCCCUCCGAACAGCCAUAAGUUAGUGAGUCUACAUAACUGGCAUUUUUUGAAUAAACUAUUGGAAUAAAAAUUUCUUUGUUUAAUAAAGGGCAUGCUCACAGUAAACAAAUGAGAGUUUGUGUCUGAAAACUUUUAUUAAAAAUAUUUUUUAAAAUAUGAAUUUCAUAUAAUUUGCCGUUUUUCCCCUCAGAGUAUGAUCCUUAUCAAUCUGGUUGUGUCUCUGCUGUUAUUCACUUGCUGAUAAAACAUUUUGUAUGACUAUUUGUAUUGAAAUUGGUCACAAGAAGGGUUUCGUAUAAAGGAGGACUGACAAUACUGAUAGCCAAUAAGUACACCGCAAAUUUGUUAUAUAUUGAAUAUCUGAGGUCAGACAGACAGUCUAUAUACAUAUUACAUAAAAAAUUAAUGAUUUUUGUGAAAACUUCGCCACAUUUUAGAAAGUUACACAUCUCCCAUUCCCACCACCUGACGCCAUUGAUUGUCCAUAAAGUUUUCCCUUUUGUGGGUUGUCAUUUUUUAUAGCCCAGUUCAAAAUAAAUUUUCUAUCUCAUAGUUAUUGCAUUUUUAGUUUUUUCCGAAAUCACCCUAUUUGGCUGAUUUUCUAGUUCGGAAAUAAAUUUAAUGUUGAAGAGAGUGUGCCGGUUUUAUGUGAACCACCCUACGACGAUGAGGAGUCCAGCAAUCCUCUUGCACAUGACUAUUCUCACAUGGGAAUUGAGCCUAUGAACCAACGCAGG